CUACCUUUAGCUCAGCAGCAGCAGCAGCAGCAGCUAGUGAGCCAUUGGCUGGUGAGAGCCUGAGCAUCCUCCAGGAAAACACUACUACUGAAAGUACAAAGAUACACACGGCUCUUAUACAGCUAACAAGGAAAUCUCUUUGAAGACAAAGAGUAUAAAGAUGCCUUCAGCAACGGUUGGCAACAGUGCUGUCCAGUCUGCCACUCCAGACCUGGGAAAUGGAAGUCAAUGUGAGACCAUGAAGCAGGUUCUUGCUGUGAUGGACAAGAAGGUUCGCAACAUGGAAAAGAAGAAGUCUAAACUGGAUGACUACCAGGCGAAGAAGAACAAUGGAGAAAGUCUGAAUCAAGAUCAGUUGGAGGCUUUGUCAAAGUACCAAGAGAUCAUGUACAACCUUGACUUUGCUCGAGAAUUGCAGAAGAACUUCCUUGCAUUGGGCCAAGAGGUUCAAAAGGCAGUGAAGAAGACUGCAAGACGGGAACAGCUACAGCGGGAGGAGAUGGAACAACGGCGACUGAAGACAGUUUUGGAGCUUCAGUUCUUACUGGACCAGUUGGGAGAUGAUAGUGUCAGACAGGAGCUCAAACGGCCGGAUGCCACUGGGUCCCCUCUGCUCACUGACGCUGACCUCACGUCACUUGACGAGUUUUACAAACUGGUUGGACCUGACAGGAACUAUGAUGUUAGGUUGACCGACCAGUAUGAAGAGGCAUCACUGCACUUGUGGGAACUGCUUGAGGGUAGAGACAAGGCUGUUGCAGGGACCACAUACAAGUCACUGAAGGACACUCUGGACAAAGUACUGCUGAGUGCUUACUUUGACAGAGCACAAACUCAUCAGAAUGGGACGUGUGUGAAGGAAGAGGAGAAUGAGGAGCAGACUGUGGUGGCUGAGUCUAAGUCUGAGAUGCAGCCAUCAGAACCUGAAGGACCAGCCUCUGAAAAAUUCACGGAGCCAGUUGAAGUGGAAACUACAGAGUUCAUAAACAGACAGUUCAUUCCAGAAACCACGUACAGCAGUACAAACCAAGACCAAGUAGAGGAGUGGACAGCUGAGGCUCAGAUGGUAAACUCCCUCCAGCACCAGGCACCUUCACCUGUGGCUGCAGAACCAACUGUUACUGUGAACCAUGUCGCUGCAGCUCCGGUCUGUGACCCAGUGGUUAGAAAGCAAGUAGUGCAGGACCUCAUGGCCCAGAUGCAAGGGACGUACAACUUCAUGCAGGACUCCGUGUUGGAGUUUGACGGCCAGGCUCUGGACCCCGCUAUUGUGUCUGCCCAGCCGAUGAAGCCUGGGCAGACCGUUGACAUGCAGCAGAUGGGCUGUCCUCCAACCCUCUCAGAGUCCAGACUUCCUCAAACAAGUACAGUGUCCGGACCACAGGAAUCCUCCCAAGCCUCGAUGUCUCUAUCAUCUGAGCAGUCCCCAGCCCCAUGUCCCCUGUCCUCUGCCUUCCCACCUGUCUCCAAACCCUCUCAUACUGGAGGCAUCAAUGUCAACGCAGCACCCUUCCAGUCAGUGCAAGCGGUAUUUAACAUGAACGCACCUGUACCUCCUGCCACUGAUGGCCAAGCAGAACCCUUGAAGCAGCCCAGCCAGUUCCCUGGUAACUAUGGACCCGGCUUUAGCAGCCAGUCGGAGAGUUCUGUUGAACAGCCGGACAUUCCACAGGAGACAUUACAGUCAGUCGUCGGUGGCUUUCAGCCCCAAGACCAGGUCCUGCCCUUAGCAGGAGGCCAUGAAGAGUCCUCUCCAGGCGCAGGGUUUGGACAGUCGGGACAGUCGUUUUACAACAGCAGAGCAGCACCCAGGGGGGGUCAAAGGAACAGCCGCGGCAUGAUGAACGGAUACAGAGGCUCCUCCAAUGGAUUUAGAGGGGGGUAUGAAGCCUAUCGCCCUCCUUUCUCAAAUGCUCCCAACAGUGGUUAUGGUCAAACCCAGUUCAACACAUCCCGAGACUAUUCCAAUAACACCUACCAACGGGAGGGAUAUCAGCAAAACUACAAGCGUGGAGCUGCACAAGGACCUCGAGGUUUGUCCAGGGGAAAUGCUCAAGCAAUGCGAUCCUAAAGGAUCCGAAGGACCAUCAAGUCGCGCCACGUUUAACAUUCAGGAUUUUUGAAUGUGUUCUCCCCAGGUCACUUUUUUAACAACAUUUUGUUUCUCAUUGGUAAUCUUUUUUUUUUUUUUUAAAUCCUGGCCUACUUAUCAGAGUCAGCCUGCUUCAGUCUGUCUGGAUCCUCUAAUUGUUUUAACACAAAAUGCUGAACAUCACCACAUGUAGGGUUAUCAGCAAGUCUGUGUGAUAUAAAACAACAUAGAUAUUCCUGUAAACUUGAAAGAUUUCAUUAAUUUAUUUUUUGUACAAAAUAAAUGCAAAAAAUACCCUGCCACUGUCCAUCUGAUUCCAUGAGAAUAAUUUUCCGUCUGCCCUGUGCUGUCAGCCACUUUUUCCUCUUCAUAAAGGCAUUAAAUGUUCUUUUGUUUUUAUACCCCUGUCAUCUCUUUGGCCAUCACCUCUUUGUACGCUGAUGUUAUUGGUUUAGACUGUUUCAAUAAAGCUGUGUUCUAUUA